CUGGGUCAAUAUGACCUUUAGUAAUGUAAACAGUGCGGUAGUUAAAGAGAUGUACCGUUUUUAUUAUUAUUAUAGAGGGGCCUGUAAUGUGAAGUUAAAUAAAGGAAAAACUUUCUUUCUUUCUGUUUUUUUAAAUAUUUUUCAGCAGAAAUGUCUGACCUUCAAAAUCUAAAACAUUUUUCAGAAAUUCAUUUUUAACACUCAAUAUUAAUUAAAUUGGCUUAAGCCAAUUUAAAGUUUCUGUGCAUUUCUUCCCUAAUUUUUCUAGUUCCUAUGAAAAUGGAAACAUUUGCUCAUUGGCAUCUUUUAAUUAAAAUUAAAAGCAUGUUAUAGGCAUUGGGGUUCAGGUAAAGUUUAUAUAACCAAAAGGAUCUUAAUUUUGGCAAACAAAGCGACUGUACGUUGCUUUAACACAAGUGCCAGCAGUAGAAGCCCUAUCUGAGUUCCCUGUUACUGGUUGCAAACACACAGAUUGCACAUACCAUACUACAAUUUGAAAGCAAAGGGGACAGAGCCCUAUAUAGAGACUUUCAAGGGAACCCUCUCAUAAAAUGAAGCUGCAGACAAAAGAGCACACUUCUGGUGAAGUUACAAUAACAGAAUCAACAGAAAAUGGGUCUGAUAAAGAUGACGACAGGCUGCAGUAUAGCAUUGAAGAUGUGCCCCCAUGGUACAUGUGUAUCUUUCUCGGUCUACAGCAUUACUUGACCAUGUUUGGAGCCACAGUGGUCAUUCCAUUCAUCCUGUCACCGGCACUGUGUGUGGCUGGGGACAAGAUAGUUACCAGUCAACUUAUUGGGACCAUCUUCUUUGUGUCUGGAGUGGCUACUUUGUUACAGACAUUGUUUGGUUGCAGGCUCCCAAUUGUUCAAGGAGGAACGUUUUCCUUUUUGGUUCCAACCUUUGCCAUCCUUAACCUUCCUCGCUGGCAGUGCCCUACCAUCCUUACCCAAGUUCAAGCGGCCAACUACACCCAGUUUAAUCAAACUAUUCCAAACAUAGUGGUAGGGUCAGCAGAACACACAGAGGUCUGGCAGUCAAGAAUAAGGGAGAUACAGGGUGCCAUUAUGGUUGCCUCUUUAUUCCAACUCAUCAUUGGCUUCAGUGGCGUUAUGGGGAUUCUCUUGCGUUUCAUUGGUCCAUUGGCUAUUGCGCCCACCAUAGCCCUGGUAGGACUGUCUCUGUUUAAACCUGCAUCCGAUUUUUCUUCUACGCACUGGUGGAUAGCCAUUUUAACCAUAAUCCUCAUUGCAGUCUUCUCACAGUACAUGCGUAGGAUAAAGAUACCUUGCUGUGGAUAUUCCAAGAAAGAUGGCUGCCAUAGAGUCGGCUAUCCUAUCUUUACCCUUUUCCCUGUGAUUUUGUCCAUUGUGAUAGUGUGGGGCAUCUGUGCUAUUAUCACCUUCACCAGUGAUGUUACAGGCUGGUUUCCUGAAGACAAAGACAGCUGGGGUUUUGGUGCCAGGACAGACUCCAGAGGAUCAGUUUUGACAGAUGCUCCUUGGUUUAGGUUCCCCUAUCCAGGACAGUGGGGCCUCCCCACAGUGAGUGUCAGCGCUGUAUUUGGGAUGUUGGCGGGCGUGUUGGCCUCCAUGGUGGAGUCAGUGGGCGACUAUUACGCCUGUGCCAGACUGUCUGGAGCCCCGCCUCCACCUGUUCACGCAAUAAACAGAGGUAUUGGAGUGGAAGGUUUGGGGUGUAUUAUAGCUGGGAUAUGGGGAACAGGGAAUGGGACGACAUCUUACAGUGAAAACAUUGGUGCCAUUGGAAUCACUAAAGUUGGCAGCAGGCGUGUCAUUCAGUUUGGCGCCAUCUUUAUGCUGCUUCUUGGGGUGCUUGGGAAGUUUGGUGCCCUGUUUGUUACCAUUCCUGACCCAGUGGUCGGUGGCGUCUUCAUGGUUAUGUUUGGAAUCAUUACAGCUGUAGGGAUUUCCAACUUACAAUUUGUUGACCUGAAUUCUCCAAGAAAUCUCUUCAUAUUAGGGUUCUCUUUUUUCUUUGGGUUGUCUUUGCCUCAGUGGCUGACAGCCAAUCCAAAUGCUAUUCAGACAGGUAGUGAAACCAUGGACCAGAUCCUCACAGUCCUCUUCAGCACCAGCAUGUUUGUAGGUGGUGCUGUUGGCUUUGUUCUGGAUAACACAAUUCCUGGUACUGACAAAGAGCGUGGCAUUUUACAAUGGCGGAAACAGGUACACGGCGAUACAUCAGAUGCACAAGUUACCACGGGACUGGAGUGUUAUGAUCUGCCUUUUGGAAUGUCUGCCAUUGGCAAAACCAGCUGCCUGAAAUAUGUUCCAUUUUGUCCGACAUUUUCCAACAAAAGUUGGUCAUGUAAGUGCUGCCCCAAAGCUUGUACAUGUUGCCACGGUGAUGAUGGUAACCGUGCUGAUGACAUGGUCAUGGUAACCUCUUCUGGAGAUCAGGCUGUGACAAAUAAUGGUUUUUAUAACACUAAAAUUUAAAUUCCAAUUUCUGUCGUUCAU